GGUGGUGCUCUUAACAAGAGAAAUGUCUUGCUGGUUGUUGCCCACCCAGAUGACGAGUCUAUGUUCUUUUCUCCAACAAUAAGCUACCUGACUUCCAGAAAGUAUAAUCUUCGCAUAUUGUGCCUAUCAAUUGGCUGAAAUCUAUGUGGUGCUUGUGGCAUACACUUCUCCCAUGCGAAUUCUUUAAGCAGCAAGGUCCAUAGAUUGACUGUGAACUUGCAGUGGAGGAAAAUAUGGUCUAUGGACUUAUUAUCUGCUUUGCAUAAGUGUCUUCGAAAGUGGAAAUUCCAAUCUGAAAACUGAAAAGGUCUCGGUUUAUCUAAUUAUGAACCCUUCAUUUUUUCUUAAUAUGAUGUUUAUGGCCAUAGCCUAGGCCCUUGCUCGGAUCAUCUGCUUACCAUUUAUUGCAACAGUGUUUCUCUAGAAUCAUCAGGAGUGGGAAUAUUGAAGACUUACUUGUGUGUGUUAUAGUUUUGUUAGGAAAUGUCUUCUGGUUUUUCUGUAGCAUCUUUUGAUGCUCUUUAUGUAGGUGAUGCUGAUGGAAAGGGAAAUGUCAGAAAAGAAGAGCUCUACCGUGCUUGUGCAGUCCUUAAGGUUCCAGUUCAACAAGUGAAGUUUCUUGACCAUCCAGAUCUGCAGGAUGGUUUUGGAAAAGUGUGGAAUCAUAGUCUUUUGACUAGGAUUAUUGGAGAAGAAGUUACCAAUCAUGAUAUCGACUUCAUUAUUACUUUCGAUAAUUAUGGUGUUUCUGGUCAUUGUAAUCAUUGUGAUGUUUAUCAUGGGGUAAGAAGGCUCCUAUCUGAUGGUUCACAAAAGGACAUUGAAGCAUGGGAACUUGUGAGCACCAACAUAGUACGCAAGUACAGUGGACCACUUGAUAUAUGGUUCUCCUACUUGUAUGCCACGCUCUCAGGUGGAGAGAUGCGGUGCUUGUUAAACGAACAUACUCAAAAGAGUUUCCUCGCAAUGGCGCAACAUUCAAGCCAAUGGGUCUGGUUUCGCAAGCUCUUCGUAGCAUUUUCUAGCUAUACGUACGUGAAUACGCUUAGAAAGAUCAACUAAUAAAAGCUUGGUGGAACCAGGGAGGGACUUUAUUUUUUUACACAGCUUCUUACGAUCCAGAACUUGAUUACCUCAUAAAUAUAUUUUUGUAUUAUGAUUCUCUCUUUUGUGUCUUCCUGCCUUCUAUUUUUCCCUCUUUGGAGAGGAAAGUGAAGAGAAGGAAAAAAAGUGUUUGUUUGGUUGGAGAUAAAAGAGGGAGGAAGAGAAACUUUUGUGGGAAAAAAUUAGUGGGGCCUAUCAAUUUGUAUUCAAUUGUAAUUUCAUAUUUAUUUUAUUUCAGAAGAUAUUUUAUUUUCUAUUA